GGCGAAUGGGCGGUGUACACAGGUGCAUAUGCUCAUUACGGCUGCCGAUCCGUUCAUCGCAUGGAUUAACUUUGGCAUCCAGCCAGGCAACAGCCAGAGCGGUACGUAUGCACAUUGACAACCCAUCCUCAGGCUGUCGUAUCGUCUGAUCCUGUGCUGUGCUAUUGUCUGCACAAAAGCAGUUCACGUCAAGAUUACUAAUAGCGAGGCGCCAGCAGCAGGUGUCCCCCAUGACGCGUUCUUCGCACAGCGAUUCCCUCGGACGGCCGCCAAGGUUUGUCGCGUCCUCGGGCCAAUUGCCGCGAUCGUGCUUGAUGGCCAGGCGCCUUAGACGGCUUUGCAACAUUAAUUUUGGGAAUGAAUUCAUCCAUGGCCAUGAACGCGUUUGUGUGCAAGCACAUGCCUGU